UCGCGCGUCCCAAGUCGCCUAGUGUGUUUUUGACAUCGGUAAACGCAGUCGUGAACUUCGGAGCGCAUAGAUACUUUUAUUUAUAGUUUAAAUCGAAUAAAGUCGCUUUGCGUUUGUGAAUACCUGUGCUUAUCCGGGAUACAAUAAAUAUGAGUAUUGCUGCUCUGAUCCAAGCUGCUGAAUACAUCGAAAGGCGCGAUAGAGAAGCUGAGCACGGAUACGCGUCGAGUUUACCGGCGUACGAAGAGUCCCGCUCCGGCGGCAGGCGGCCGAAGACCAAGAAAUCGCAGGGCAGCAGGACCACUCAUAACGAGUUGGAAAAAAACAGGAGAGCACAUUUAAGAAGCUGCUUGGAAAAAUUAAAGGAUAUGGUACCCCUAGGCCCCGAAGCGUCGCGACACACAACUUUAGGAUUAUUAACGAAAGCCAAAAGAUUUAUAAAGAGUUUGGAAGAACGAGAGAAGAGGCAUGUUAGUCACAAGGAGCAAUUGGCGAGGGAGCAGCGCUACCUACAGCGGCGGUUGAACCAGCUGAGCGAUGCACCCAGAGAUUCAAGACUAUCGGAGAGCUCGAUGACGCAUACGCACACAACGCGAGCUGAUUCGCUCUCGUCCCUAGAAUCCUCGUCGUCUGGAGUGUCCACGGCGGAGCGGUCACCCUCAUCAGUCUCUGAGAGUGAUGAGGUUGACGUGAUCGGCUACACGUCGAACCAGAGCGACAGUGAGUCGUUGGUGUCGGGCCACAGCGGCGACAGCGGGGUGGGCGUGGGCGCGCGGCGACGACCGCGCACGCCGCUCAAGUCGCGCGUCGCCAACGUGCCGCGGACGCGCCGCGCCGCUCGCCUCACGAAGCUCGUCUAGGUGAGUUUCACACUUUGUUCUAUAGAGUUUGUUAGUUCACGACGCCGUAUCGCAGGCGUAUCGUUGUUAAGUCGCUUUGACAUUAUUUCACACUUUGUUCUAUAGAGUUUGUUCGUUCACGACGCCGUAUCGCAGGCGUAUCGUAGUUAAGUCGCUUUAACGUUAUUCGAAUAAGCGAUACGCUUACGAUUCAUGUGCGAAUACGCUUAUUAAACUACAACUAUAUAUUACAUAUGUUUUAAAUUUUAUGCAAAUGGAGCAAAAAGUUUACUUUUUCUAAUUAAAGUAGCGUUAUUUAGUGUUUGUUGCCAUUUUAAAUUGUAAUCGCCAACGUAAUGUUGUUGCAGGUGGGCGGCACGCGGCGCGGGACAGCUGCGGCCACGGCGGCCCGCGGCUCACGUUAUAACUUCAUAACGUAAACAAACGUAGGACAUUUUGUUGAUACAUGUACUAAGGCGAAUGUUGUUUAUUGUGACUGAACUCGACGCCGGCGACAUCGCGACCGUUCCACGCGACAGAGUGACUCGGCGGCACACCUACGCCCGCGCCGCAACACACCCACACACUACACACACACACGACACACUACACACACACACACACACGACACUGUACACGUGAACACACUACACACCUCUGCGAACCAUCACUAAGUACAAAAUUGCCAAAAAUUUAUAUUCAAAGUUUAUUUUUCACAUUUCAGACGAAUUUGUAUUUUUGUUUUUCUUAUUAUUGUUUCUAUUUAAUUGUACCGAGCCUGGCUCGAUUGGAUGAGUUGCAAUAUUGUGUAGGCAGGUGGCGCCUGUAUUCCAUGGAGUCACGUAUUCCACUGUGUUGUAAACACGCAAUGUGUGCAAAUCUUUACCUACCAUAAUGUCACUAUAAUUUUAAUAUUUUGUAUUUCACAUUUACUGUACAUGUGUGGGGCGGGUGUGUAACAACACCACUCGUACAAGCGCACUGCCCCCGACACGCCAUUAUCAAAUGACCAUGAUGUUAUUUUUGUAUUUAUUAUUCAAUUUUUCUAUCGGACAUAUUCGAAUAUAAAUUUUAAAAGUCUUAGAAAAGAAAAUCGUUUUUGAAAAACUCUCUAGGUACUUAUUGUUAUUGAUUUCCCCAAAAACAAGUUGCUAUUAUAGUGUAUGUUGUAUAGAUAUAUCAAUUUUAUAUUUUGUAUAUAAUAAUUUUUCUUGUAAAAAUUAAUCAAAUAGAAUUAGAUCUGUAUAUGUUUCCGAUUUGGAGAAAAGAUUUUUUAUAAUUGGGUUUUAUUAACACAAAACAAAGGGAACCCACCAAAAAUUAUUAUUGUUUUAAUAUUUAAGUCAAUUCUAACGAGAAUUUCCAUCUGAACUCAGGUACUAACACAUUCGGCUAUGAGAACUAGUUAUACAUAUAUCGCGUCGAUCGACAUAUGAGCGUGACCUGGCUGUGGCAAAUAUUUCUUUUUAAAUUAAAUUAAAAUCUUUAUUUGCAACAAUUUUGUUUACGAAAUUGAUUUUGAAUUCUAUGGUAAAGAAUACAAGGCUUGUAUUUGAGCGCAGGCUACAUGCUACAUGCGUCGUUUAUAUUUCGUAAAUCGAAUGUUGGCCGCCAUAUUGCUCCGUACGCUAGAACGUUCGGUUUGCGCGAUGUAAACGCUCGCAUCACACAUACAUACAUUCACUCACUCAUAUGUACUUCUUAUUUUUUAAAUACGCGGUAGUUGUAGACAAUACGAUAUUAUAUCCUAUGUUAUUUUUGACUCUAUCCCUUUGAGGAUACAGUCCAAAAUGGCAUAAAAAAUUCAACUGCUCGUAAAUUCAUCCACUAACCAUCGUAUUGUUAAGUAUUAAUAUUGAAUUAUAAUUAAUGAUCUCACUUCAUUGUCACACAAUAUCGGCUGAGUAAAUGUGUCAUACACCUACUUACUGAUACAUUGUCCGGAACGUAAUUCUGAGCAAAUAAAAUUUAUAUUUUAAUGUUGUAAUCAAGGCAUUUUAUUGAGCUAACCUACACUCUCGCAUUGAUAUAUUAUCUUCACUAUCGCGCAUCUUUACCCUUAGUACGAAUUUGCUUUACGCUUAACGUAAUCGAAACGAUCGCGCGUGCAGCGCUCUGAUUGGCCGGUGCGAAAAAACCAACCAAUCAGACCGCCAAACGCGCUCUCGUUUCGUUUUCGUUCAACGUAAAGCUAACUCGUACGAAGGGUCCUGUACAUCGACCUGGCGUGAUGACACAGUUAUUUGGUUGCGAUCCUAAGUUAUGUGGACAUUCAUGUACCAAAAAAAGUAAUAUACUUACUAUACACGACUGGAGCUGAAUACAUAAAUGUGUAACAAAAUGAUCACAGAAUAACAUCUCAAUGAGUACAUAAUAUAUAUUUUUGUUAUGACUAUAUCUUGUAAUAAAUUGUUGAUUCAUUUCUGAAAUGAACGACUGAAUGUUUCAUUGUAUUAUAUUAAUUUUUCAGUAAAUAUCUACAUAUUGGCAUUCGGUGGGGCUUCGUACGAGUCAAUCUCAUUCGGUGGGGUUCGUACGAGUCAAUCUCAUUACUUCCUCGUUGCCCGACUGAAUGUGUAACGUGUAUCUAAACAUAAUUUGCAUAAAUAUGAUUGUAAAUUGUUUUAGGUAUGGAUGUGUAUGAUAAGGAUAGUUGUAACGUAUUAUCAUUUGUAAGUAUAAUGUUUGUUUACGACAGUUUGAUCUCUUACGGUAAUGUUGCGAGGGCGGUGUACGCACGCGCACUGCGCGCCUCUUGUUGCCAGUUGUCUGUUGCUGUUGCUGUUGUUGGUGAAGUGACCUCGACUGAUUCUGUUGUAUCGAACGAUUCCAUCCAUCCGUUAGUUCAAAUGUUCAGCUUACGUAAUGUUAGUGUUGCCAUUGUUAGCGCGGCCGCAGUGCAGCCCACACCGCCGUCUGCCCAACGCUCAGACUCUAGCCUCUGUCAGAAUAUUUAUAUCAACAAAACUAUAUUUAUCAUUCGGUUAUUAUUUAUGUAUCACAAAAUUAUUUAAUUUAUUGUUAGAACCGUGCUUUGUCGUUUAUCGUACCAGUGUACCAGUGUUUCGCUUCGAACAAGUCGCGCCGCGACUGCGGGCCUCUAGUGUAGUAGUGCAUUGUUCCGUACGUACGUACGACGUACGUAUGUACGGGUGUCACAUGGGUGCAAGCGGCGACGGGACGCUUUAAGAGUACAAAUUCUGUAUAAGCCCCUCAACUUGUGUGUUAAUUCUAAAUGUUAAUUUUAAAACACGAAACAGGGAGAAGGUAUCGUCAGAAUGCGAGUACCGAGUAGCUAGCGCGGGCGACGUCAGGCCAGCGAACCAGUCAGCUCUGCCUUCGGUGUUGUCUCUUCUCAUUACGUUGUCUCUGUAUCCUAUUGCUACAGUGCGCUUGUGUUGCAUCUCUUCCCAUUGUCUCCAGUCGUAGCGUGUCCCACUGUAACGAUAGGGUAUUAGAUCGUACGCGCACUGUACGCGCGCACUCUUAUUAGAUAAGAAAUGUGUUAUUAGAAAUGAAUUGCAAUAAAUCGUCACGCCCGCGGCUCGGCUCGCCCCCGCAACCCUUUACUCAACUUAGUCGCUGUAAAAAUUAGUCCGGCGUUGUAAAAAAAUAUCAGUGCAUUUGUAAAUAUUGGAGCCAAAAUUUUUAUACAAAUUAUUUCAUAAAUAUAUUCUUGGACCAAGUUGUGUGCGGGGGCGAGUCGCCGCGCGGGCCGGCGGCCGCGGGUCACGCUCCCGGGCGGCGUGGCACGCCGUGUCACGUUGCACUCGUCACGCCGUGCUCGUCCCGUCGCCAGCUGGUCACGCUGGCCGCGCCGGGCGAGCACGUUGCGCUCGGGAGCGUCGACCGACCGACGCUGUGUGUCGCCGCGGCCUGCCAAUCGUUGUCGGAUCGUAGAGGCAAACAUUAGGUACUAUUGUGACUAUGCUGAUGUGACAUGGCAGCAUUAUUCAAUGUAAUUGACGAAACGUGGCACAUAUAAUUUACUAUAUGUAAAAAGUUAUAGAAAUAAUUAAUUUAAUAAAAAUUAUAAAUAAAA